GGAAGAGGGUUUGUUUUGAUAUAGGGAGGUUGAGUUCAACGUGUGGCUUGAAUUCUCCUGUAAUGUGCUCUUUAAUUAUACCAACAACAGACAUAAUGUCAACUGUGGAGAGCCAAGUGGGAAACAGCGAUCCGGAAGACAAGCUGAAAGGCACCAAAAGAAAGAUUUCUCUCUCCAAUUGUGGUGUGUGUGGAUCAGAAGAAGCAAAGUAUAGAUGCCCUGCCUGUCUUGCCCAUUCUUGCAGUUUUUAGUGACGAAACGCGCUCUGCAGAGCUACUGCUACUACUGGGCUACUGUAGAAACAUGGCAGCGCAACAUGGCGACUUCCAUCUUGCUGUGUGUGAAGAAACACAAGGAAGAUUUGGGAUGCAGUGGAGUUAGAAAUAAAACUGCAUUUGUGACCCUCUCACAGUUUGAUGAAAUAGCGCUUCUCAAUGACUACAGGUUUCUGGAGGAUACAGGACGAUUUGCUGAUGGUGCCACCAGAGACAAACUCAUCCGGACUCCUCGUGCCACUUUUAAAGCAAAGAGGCUGGCAGCAAAUGCCAGAAAGAUGAAUAUCACAUUGAGGUUCCUCCCCGUCACCUUCACUAAGAGCAGAGAAAACUCCACGUUCUUCCUUGCAAAAGAAGCACUGUUCCUAUGGCACCUGAAGCUCAUCUUUCCUCAGAGCAGCACGGAGUUCAGUCAGAGGAGGGUGUCUGACAAGCAAACCCUGGAGCAGAUCUUGACCCGUUAUAUCCAUCCUACAGAGUCUGAUCCUGUGACACGUCAAAAGUUGAAGAUGUAUGUGCACACCCCCUUUGAUCAUAUGAAAAUCUUCAUGAAAGCAGAGGGGCGAAAGGCUAACUCUGUCAGGUACCAUGAGUUGGACAUUUACAAAACCCUAAGGGACAACCUGAGGUACAAAACACUGAUUGAAUAUCCUGUGCUGCAUGUUGUACUCAGAGAUCAUUGGAAGGACUAUCCACUGAAAGGACUGGCUGAACAGUCAUCAGCCUGCAGCAGUUUUGCAACAAAGACCAAAAAGGUGGACCAAGAGAAGCGGGACUUCACCCAAGUUUCACCGUUCCUACAAGGGACUUGCACCCCGGGGGGAACCAACAUCUGGACAGGAACCCCAGAGACCAGCCCUGAAACUAAACCCCCACAAGAGAAAAGGGCCAAGAGAGAAGCAGGGCAGGAAGAGCCAGAGGAGGGAGAGAUCAUAGACAGUAGUGAUGAAGAGAAAGAUGAAGCAAAUUCUGAAGAAAAUACCUCAUGUGGAAAGAGCUGUGAUGGUGCCAAAAGCCCUGCUAAUGACAUGGUGGUGAUAAAGAUGAACCAUCACACAGUUAAUGUUGAUGAUGUUAUUAAUAAACACAGUGACCACAGCAGGGAUCAGUGUAUAAACGUGGACAUCACUGAUGACAGUUCAGCUGCCAGAGAGAGUGCUGAGGUCAGCAUGACUAAGGAGGAUGCUGUGAAAGAGUCGGGGCCUGUUCAUACCCAUCACUGUCAUGAUGAAAAUGAGUCAGCUAAUGCUGCUGGCAGCUGUGGAAUUGAAUGAUAAUGCCCAGAUGUUCAGUAUGAAAUGCCUGUGGAGGCAGACAAAUCUGCCAGGAAGUCAUCAAUCUUGUGUCAGUGUACAGUAGACCAAUGCAAUUGUUUUAAACAAGCUGUGCUAAGAAACAAGAACAAUGUUUGUAUGUUUACACAUAGAAUCAUUUCAAUGUUAAUGUUUAUUUUUUAGGUUUAGUUGAUCUGUCGGCAAACAUAAAUAAAGACUGUUUUUGGAAAUCUUUUGGUAUUUGUUAUACUGCUGCAGUUGAUGCUGACUGUAGUAUCAGACCAAAUUCAAUAAAAAUAUUUUUUGG